AUGGAAGAUACCAAUGGCGGUGUAGGGGGUGGGGAGGCUCCACGAGAGCCGUUUCCUCCAGACCCGGGGGGGCGUGGGCAGGGGGUGGAGCCCUCGGCGCAGCGCUGCGGCGGCGACGAGAACGGUCCCCCCAGCCGCAGCCCGCAAAUCUUCAGCGGACUCUCGGACGGUGUUGUCACCACCGGGGAGGAAGGCACUUCGGGGGAUCAUUCACGUAAGGGAGUGGAACCUCUUCCCGGUGCGCGUAUUCCAGCUAAUGGGGAAGGAUGUUUACCGUUGGGCGGCCAAACGACGACAGGGCCCAGCGAGAUGGCGAUGCCUGACUCAAGGGGAUUGACCCCCAAGAGAUCAGCACACGGCGGUGUAGGAUCAAGGACCCCUCUGCACACGCAACCGAGCGCGAACAUGACUGGUCCAAGUGGGCCGGUGAUCGCUCCACCUCCGCAGAUGAGUGAUGAUCAGAUAUUUGCGGCGGUGACGGCUGAACUCCAGUCCGCUCCAGAGGCGGUUCAACGGGAGGCGUGGAAAGCCAAUGUGGCGGCUUUGUUUGCGGCGAAGAUGACGGCGCUCAAAAUCCCACCCGAGCGAGUCCCGCCGCAGAAGCAGCGGUACCCGAAGUUGAAAGGGGCCGAGUCGGCUCAGCUUCUCCGAUUUUUUGAAGAAUUGAGCGUCGUGGAUGGGUGCUCAUAUGUACAAUGGCGUACGUACGCCAUGGGCAUAUGUCGGGAUUUGUACAACUCUAUCUGGUCUUUGUCGACCAUAUUCGAGAGUAUGACCAGCAAAGUCAAGUGGGCGAGAAAACCUGUAUGA